AUAAAUAGGAUUAAAUUGUUGACUCGAACAGCUAGUCAGUUAAAAAGUCGGAUAAGUGCUUGUUUUGAUGGGCGCAUCAAGUGUUGACUAUAGAUAGGACUUUUUCCUAUCUGGAAGUGUCAACUAGAUUGUGGGAGAUACGUCUGCUCUCCUUUGUUUUUUAAGAAAAGCUAUGCCCGCUCUGACCCUAAAAGGAAAUAAAGGCCUUGUUAGGUUUACAAUGUGUAUAAUGUGCACGAAAUUUACUUCACGAUCAUCGUCCAGUUUGUGCGUGACCCUGUGGAUGCUAUCGACUUUAUGUGUUUUACUCGUAUAUAGUGAACUCAGCGCUGGCAUCGAAGAUGAUCGCUUAAAAAUGCGGAUCAGGCGCGAAGCAGAUUUCUCUGGAUUGCUUCUUACAUCAAUAAACAACACUCAUUCAGAGUUAUUUAGAAAUCCGAUACGCACCGUUACUACAGUUCCUGGACGAAAAAAACCAGUCAUCUACAGCACUACAACCAGCAAUGAAGAAUAUUCCAAAGAGCCAAGUUCAAAAUGCCCUUUAGAUAAAACCAGUAUUGAGCCUUGCACCUGUCGAAGUCUUGCUAGAGGUAUCGCUGUUGAGUGCGAAGGCCUCGUUGACAGCAAUGGACUCUUUUCUGCCUUUAAGGAUUUAAGAUCUUACAUAAUGCACGACACGGUACUCAUCGAUAUACAUUUUGAGAUAGAAAACCGGGUUUUUGACUCUAUGAAAUUUAUCAUACUUACCUUCCGAAAAGGAAAAGUCACAAUCCGUGGAAAUAAGGAUGAGUACAGCUUAGCAAAGUUGGUCAAGAAAAAGGUUGAUUUACAACAAGUCAACUUCAUGCAAUGUCAAGUGGAUCUAGGAAACACCACUCUCAGACAUCAGCCGCUGAAAAAUCUAGAGCUGUUGGAAACCUCGCUCGAGAAUUAUAACCCUAUCUGGUUCGACGAGUUAAAAGUAGAGCGGGUAAGGAUUAGCUCAGCCAACCUUCAACAAUACAAUCUCACCAAAGGAAUGAAGUAUGUGCAACAAUUCAUCUAUUCGAAUUCGGCCCUUAGUGUUGUAACCAGGGGCACAUUUCCAACUGACGUUACAGAGCUUCGCCACAUUGAUCUAAGACAACCCCACAAGAAUGACGUGAGAGAGAUUAUGGCGUCGCAGCACUGUGAAAAAAGAAAUCUUCUGCACGCAAAUAGAUACAACAAACAACAAUUCAAAAUUGAUCAUUAUGGAUUUAUUUUUGGCGGAUUUGACACUUCGGAACACCCUGUGUCUGUCCUUCUCUCAUCGGCAGUCCAAGAACGACAUGAAUCAGUGAAUUCACAAUUGUGUGCGGCUAAAGCAACGCGACUCGAUGAAAGAACAUCCAUGACAGCAGCGCUUUUCUGUCUUCCCAUGAGCCGAACGCAGUCCGCAAGAAAGUAUUGCAGCGCUUCAAAGAGCCGCUAUGCAAGUUAGACGAGACUCAGGCAACCUAAGAAAGGCACGAAAAAGUACGAUAUACCAAAGAUUUGUCUGUCAAACGUUCAGCCCGUACAAUAGAGAACUACGUCGGCGUGAAAUAAGGGAAGCCAAUACCUAUGCUAUCCGUGUGCAACAACCUUGCGAUUCUAUAUGAAGUGGACACCAUAAUUGUAUACGCAGUAAAUGUAGCGAGACGUAUAAGGAACUUUUGCCUUAUAUGUAUGCGUCUUACUGUCGCUGAUAUUUUGUUGCAUACUCAAGCUAGACGAACUAUUUAUGCUGUGCAGAAUCAUGGAAGGCAACAUCAGUGCGGACAUCUACAAGAACGGGAAUCAGCGGUCUCAUCUACGAGAAACCAUUUGGAUUGUCCCCCACCUUCCAGCCUCUUGCAUGCCAAAAUGGCACGCGCUAUUCACCAGUUAUUCGAUACUUUUCGAUAUUUUUAUUUUGAUUUCAAAUAUGCGUUACAGAGACAGUCACAAUUGAGAAAUUGUUGGACAUCUUACUGCAUUGCGGAGUGGGACUCCGUGUUGAUAACUAGAAUGCAGUCCUUUGACGCUGUCGCACCUUUCGUCUCAGGACUAAAGAGGACCUAUCAUCAGAUAGAGAAAUAAAAUACGCUUGCUGGUACUGUCUUGGGUUAAUCUACCUACAUCCUAUUAUCUACAAAUUCUCUCAAUUAUUUAGAUCCCGAUGUAAACACCAUGCUAUAUGCUGAUGAUAUAAACAUAUAUGGUUCUUCGCUCACAAUCAUCAAGAAAUGCAAAUUGCGCUGAAGCAGUGUUUUAAAUGGACAAUCGGAGCAAAUGUAAAACGUUUCAUUGAUAAGUGUAGAGUAAUGCACUUUGGAUAGAAUAACUGCACGAAUAGAACAAUAAAUAACAACAAGCCAUAUGAAGUUACAAAAUCAAUUAAUCUUAAACAUAAUGAUAAUGAAUCGUAUUUCCCUGUUUCCGCAAAAAAUGAACUCCAUUUUAUGUUAAUUUAACUUCAUUUAUGUAUGCGUUUUUUCGAUAGCUUGCCAAUCCAGUUUCAAUCUUACAGAAUAGCCAACACAGGAUAUGCUCCAAUAUGCACUCAAAUAACUUUGUGCAUCGAAUCACCUAUAAAUGCAAGGUAGUUUUUCGAUAAUGAUAUCACAAUGAAGUUGAAGAAUAAUUAUCGACUCUCUCUCUAUUUUUCAGUUUAAUUUCUAUGGUGACAAGAAGCGAACCUAACUACACAACCCAAAUAAACUUAGAUUAAAACCCGUGUAAAUCAUGUUUUCGCAUAAUAGGCCCCACAUUUGACUUGUACGAAUAUAUUAAUGUCGCUUUUGUUUUCUCAUAUCAACUAAAUAUAUCGUAUUGUAAAUGUCGAGAACGUGCCUACGCAAAAACAAAUAUCCAUAGAAAUUAAAUAAUUUCUUAUGACUUGUACGUUUUCUUAAAGUUUAAUUUUACUAUUUUAAAAGCAGUUUCAGUAACUCUUAUAAGAAGCUAAUACUGUGCGGCCUUUCUUAAAUUUACAAAUUGAGUCGUUGAUACUGUUUUAUUAGAAUGGCGUAAUAUUUGAUUCAGGUGUGUAUUAAAAAAUGUGAUGUGACUCCUGAUGAUACAUUCAUUGAUUAAGAUUGAAGUGGCGGCAACGUUGCAGAUCAAAAAUAGUUUGUGUUAGUUAUGACAAAUUUCAAUACUAACAUUUCUUACAGAGGAGAACACCCAUGAUGAUGGUCUUUAAAAAGUUAUUAAUAACUUGUAUGUAUGGAUACUAUCAGGACAAAGCGUAUUUUGAAUCCAACCCAGACGGGUGGAACUAACCCGGCCGAGACCGCGACCCAUUAGUCCUAAAUAUCUUUCUUGUACUUCAAUCUGAAUCAACAUUAACUUUGAUUUAAUCGAAUUACUGGUUGGUUCCGGAUCAAUUGGCCGGAGCCUCUCUGGUCAUUUUUCCCAUCUUUUUAAAGGAGCUUGAGGAUAUUUCAUCUUCGCAGUUUGUGUGAGCCCUGCAGUAUUUCCCUUAACGCGCUCACUUCUCGAUAUUCUCGCACGCUGCGUCUUUUUGACCGUACCCUUUUCUUUUCGGUCAAAAUUUUAUCUUCCAGUAUUUUUCCUGCAUCUCACUAUUCCCUUGAUUCACAGGUGUACUAAGCAACGUUUCUAAAAUACCUACCAAGCGCCCUUCUAGCCAUUAUCAAAUCAGUAAUUUAACAACUGGUUAAGUCAGAAGCCUAGCAGGCUAUUUAAAAGUGUGUUGAGAAUUAUCCCGCUUUUUGCCUAUGCAAAGAAUGUAGGAGGCGGAAGGCGCCUUCCCAAUUUUUUCUAGAUAAGGGCGGAGGUGACCCGUCAGAGAUUGAGUCAGAAAAUAGGAGAACUAAUCGAUGCUACGUACUGUAGCCCCAGGUUUGUUUUGUGGGAUCUUAUACAGCCUGUCAAGCCUGCAGGGUUGCUUCUGAUGUAUCUAUGGUAGCCUUUUUCCAAGCUGUUUUUUGUUCUUCUACUCUUAACUUUAGCAACCAGUGCUACCUAAAACCGGGGUCACCUGAACGGAUCGUGCUGUAGGCAUAGCAACGCUAUGAUAAGUCAUGCUCUUUGUAGUAGGGCUUUAACUAUCGAUGUUUCCAUAAUAAUGUGUCAAAAG